GGUGGCUGUUGACCGGCUCUUGCGAGGGGCGCUGACUCAGGCUGGGGGUUAGACUCGUUCUUGAGAGGAACGUGUCCGUCCGAGGAGAAAAUGAGUUUAGCUCUGAGAAAUGAGCUGGUGGUAGACAAAACCAAGAGGAAAAAAAGAAGAGAGCUCUCUGAGGAACAGAAACAAGAAAUUAAAGAUGCUUUUGAGCUGUUUGAUACAGACAAAGAUGAAGCAAUAGAUUAUCAUGAAUUGAAGGUGGCAAUGAGAGCCUUGGGGUUUGAUGUGAAAAAAGCUGAUGUACUGAAAAUCCUUAAAGAUUAUGACAGAGAAGCCACAGGGAAAAUCACCUUUGAAGAUUUUAAUGAAGUUGUGACAGACUGGAUAUUGGAAAGAGAUCCCCAUGAAGAAAUAUUGAAGGCCUUUAAAUUAUUUGAUGAUGAUGAUUCGGGGAAAAUAAGCUUGAGGAACUUGCGGCGUGUUGCCCGAGAAUUGGGUGAGAACAUGAGUGAUGAAGAACUCCGGGCAAUGAUAGAAGAAUUUGAUAAAGACGGUGAUGGAGAAAUAAAUCAAGAGGAGUUCAUUGCCAUUAUGACUGGUGACAUUUAAAUGAUUAUUAGAAGACCCACUAAGAAGGUGGCAGUUACCAUCUUGUCUACUUUUGUGCCUGGAGCCAUGUAAAGGAGAAGGCAACUUUGUUCCCAGAGGACCAAAAUAAGCAUCUUAUGUAUUUGUACUUUACUACUCUUCAGUUUCUUUGUAUAAACGGUGUUGUUAGUACUCAAAUAGUUCAGUUUUGUAUUUAUAGUAUAGCUUUUAUAUAAAGUUUCAACAAUUAAAUCAUGUGAUACAGAUUCUUCUUUGAGGGUUUUUAAUAACAGUAAUCGCAUUUGGUGUACACGUUUUUCAAGCUUUAAUUAAUAAAAUACUUGUUAGCAUUUUAGAGUUUAGUAAAUAUAUUUUGAUUCCUAAUGUC